GAUACAAUAACAAGAGAGCAGUUAUUGAUAGAAAAUGUAUAUUUAAUAUGGGCUAAUACAACAAGUACUGCAAUUAACUUAAAUAUUUUAUUUUUAUUGAUUUGUGCAUUAUCCAUUAGCAGAGCUGUUGGUACUGUAGAUGUUACAGCUAACGUAAGAGAAUUCACAAUUGGCUAAACUGGGGUCGUUAUAUAUCACUUUGGCUUCCUAGAGCACUACUAUAAUAAAAAUGGAGUUUAAGUAAGUCAUACUGUCUAACGGCGUAAAAUAUUCAACCUUCACUAAAAUGAACGUUCAACGCUGACUGCCUGGCUCACGAGUGUAUUCGCGCAUGCGCAGAUGUGCCGGUCUCCUCUGAACGGGUCGCGAACUCUGACCUCCUGUAGCUGCAGUGAGCCGUCAGUUUACGAUAAUUUAUCAAAACAUCACAGUAUUUGGAUAAUUAUUCACGGUUUCAGGACCCCCUUGCACUCUUGUGUGGAUCCCAGUUUGAAAACUUUUACAGUAUCUUAAGACCCCAAUAUAGUUAUUUUAUCGCUGUUAAUGAACAUCAUGAGUCAUGACACAGCACACAGUGCUGGGAGCGUCAUUUAGAUGAAUAUGUGGGCGUGUGGCUGAUGGGGCGUUGCUAAGCCACGGUUUUGACAAAUUGUUAUCAUGGAAGGAGAAAGUCCCAGAAUUCAGCUGGUGUCUGCAGAUGGAGGCCUACAGAUUGUGACGGAGCAGCAGUUGGCUCAGAAGGUGCAGAUAGUUACAGCUAUUGAUCAGGCUGGAGCCGGCAAGCAGCAGUUUAUAUUAGCUAACCUGGAUUACCCCAGCCAGGAGAAACUGUUCAUCAAACAAGAGAACUCACCAGCCAAGGUCAUCUUAACCUCUGCCGAUGGGUCAGCUGUCAAUCAGCUGCUUUUCGCAUCACCUGAGCUGACAGGACAACAGAUCCAGUUUGUGACGGAGGGCUCAGAACAGGGUGCUAUGAAGCCUCCAGUGGAGUAUUGUGUAGUUUGUGGAGAUAAGGCCUCAGGUCGUCAUUAUGGAGCAGUGAGCUGUGAGGGCUGUAAGGGUUUCUUCAAGCGCAGCAUCAGGAAGAAUCUGGUGUACACGUGCCGCGGGUCUGGAGAAUGUAUCAUCAAUAAACACCAUCGGAACCGGUGUCAGUACUGCAGACUGCAGCGCUGCAUGGCCCUCGGCAUGAAACAAGACUCUGUUCAGUGUGAGAGGAAACCGGUGGAAGUGUCGAGAGAGAAGCCAGCAAACUGUGCGCCCUCCAUCGAAAAGAUCUACAUCCGCAAAAACCUCUGCAGCCCUCUCGCCGCCAUGCCAACGUUUGUUAACGAAAAAGAGACCACCAGGUCAACCAGUUUACUGGACUCCAACAUGCUCUUGAACAUACAGCAAUCACUUUCCAAACUUGACAACACCAUUUUAAUUCCUUCUUCACCAGAUCAGAAUGAUUCCAGUCAGGGAGAUCUGGGUACCCUGGCUAACGUGGUCACGUCUCUCGGUCACCUCAACAAAAGUCGUGAGAUGAUGGACAGCAGCACUGACCUAUCGGGGAUAGAGACCGCGAGUAACGAUGACAGCAUUAUGACAGACAUGCAGAGAGAUGAGUCGAAUGACGUCACACGGGCCUUUGACACACUCACAAAGGUGCUUCAGCCUGAGGAUAGUUGUGGGGAAGAGGUGGCAGAAGGGAUGGUGGCUGUCAGGGUUGAUGAACAGUCCACUGCCCUACUGGAACUGGAAGGACCACUGCUCUCAGAUAUGCACGUGCCCUUUAAGCUGAUGAUGCCGCUGCCCAUGCCAGACUUCCUGAAUCUGAAUUACAUCUGUGAAUCAGCUUCCCGUCUGCUUUUCCUCUCUAUGCACUGGGCACGCUCUAUUCCAGCCUUCCAGGCCCUUGGCUCAGAGAACAGCAUCACGCUGAUGAAGGCCUGCUGGAAUGAGUUGUUUGCUUUAGGUCUGGCUCAGUGUUCACACAUUAUGAAUGUAGAAACGAUCCUCACGGCCAUAAUCAACCACUUACAGACCAGCCUGGAUGAAGACAAACUGUCCCCAGAGCGGGUGAAGCAAGUCAUGGAGCAUAUCUGGCGUAUGCAGGAAUUUUGUAACAGUAUGAGUCGCAUGAGUCCUGAUGCAUAUGAAUAUGCUUACCUCAAAGCUGUGGUUCUCUUCAGCCCGGAUCACUCCGGAGUGGACGGCACCCUUCAGAUUGAGCGCUUUCAGGAGAAAGCCUACAUGGAACUGCAGGACUAUGUGAGCAAAGUGUAUCCAGAGGACACAUAUCGCCUUUCAAAACUGUUAGUUCGUCUGCCUGCCCUGCGGCUCAUGAGUGCUGCGGUAACUGAAGAGCUCUUUUUCGCCGGUCUCAUCGGCAACGUCCAGAUCGACAGCAUCAUUCCCUACAUCCUCAAAAUGGAGUCUACCGACUACAACAGCCAGCCAAUCAGCAACUCUGAGUGACUGAAGCCUCGCCCACAGCCACACCCAUCAGCUUUAAAAUGUCAUUGGCUUUGUAAACUCAGACCCUUUGGGCCAAAACAGCAUCUUUAUGAUAUAAUCAUAUGAGUUUUGAAUGAGAAAAUCAUUUUGUUAUGACUUUGCUUUUUCAUUUGGUCAGUGAUUGUAUCUAUGGGUUAUGUAGUAUGGAUGAAGGGGAUUACUGGAACUGCUGCAGUUGGAUAAUUUGGGCUUUUAUUGUAUUGCUGUACUUAUGUUUAGACAAGUGUCUAUAAAGACACAGGAAGUGCAAGGAAUCUGUUCUUAAGAACUUGUUCCAAAGAGAACCCCGCCCCCCCAAGCACUGACUUUCUCUGUAUGUAUAUGAAUCAUGUAUAUAGGAAUAAUAAAUGUCAAAUCAAGGGGAAAAAUGUUGGUAUUUUGGUAUUUGUUUGUCUUUUCCUUUUUUAUGAACACAUUUGAUGUGAUAUACAGGGUUCUUACGGUCACAGAAAACUCCAUCUUUUCUCCAUCCCUGAAAAGUCAUGGGAAUUUCUGUAGUGCAUGUACGUUUUUCUGUUUAUGCUCUAAUAUAUUUCUUUGGCAAAAUAAUACUCUGUGAGUGCAAUCUCUGUAUAAAAUAAUAAUAAAUCUAGUAAAGAAAUGGAA